GAUCCCGGAAGUUCCGGGGCGUUCCGGGGCGUUCUGGGGCCUUUGGAGCGUAGGAUAAGCAGUAAUGGCGGAGGCUGCAGCUCCCGGAACAACAGCCACAACAUCAGGAGCAGGAGCGGCAGCGGCGGAGGCGGCGGCAGCAGUCUCCCCAACUCCGAUCCCCACAGUCACCGCCCCGUCCCCGAGGGCGGGCGGAGGGGUCGGCGGCAGCGACGGCAGCGACGGUAGCGACGGUAGCGGCGGCAGGGGCGAUAGUGGCGCGUAUGACGGCAGCGGUGCGUGCGGCGGCAGCGACGCAUGCGAUGGCAGCGGCGACAGCAGCGGCGACAGCUGGACUAAACAGGUCACUUGUAGAUAUUUUAAGUAUGGGAUUUGUAAGGAAGGAGAUAACUGUCGCUACUCCCAUGACCUCUCUGACCGUCUGUGUGGUGUAGUGUGCAAGUAUUUUCAGCGAGGGUGCUGUGUUUAUGGAGACCGCUGCAGAUGUGAACAUAGCAAGCCACUGAAACAGGAAGAAGCACCUGCUACAGAGCUAACUACAAAGUCAUCCCUUGCUGCUUCCUCAAGUCUCUCAUCAAUAGUUGGACCACUUGUUGAAAUGAAUACAAACGAAGCUGAGUCAAGAAAUUCAAACUUUGCAACUGUAGUAGCAGGUUCAGAGGACUGGGCGAAUGCCAUUGAGUUCGUUCCUGGGCAACCCUACUGUGGCCGUACUGUGCCUUCCUGCACUGAAGCACCCCUGCAGGGCUCAGUGACCAAGGAAGAAUCAGAGGAAGAGCAAACCGCCGUGGAAACAAAGAAGCAGCUGUGCCCCUAUGCUGCGGUGGGACAGUGCCGAUAUGGGGAGAACUGUGUGUAUCUUCACGGAGAUUUAUGUGACAUGUGUGGGCUGCAGGUCCUGCAUCCGAUGGAUGCUGCCCAGAGAUCACAGCAUAUACAAGCGUGCACUGAAGCCCAUGAGAAAGACAUGGAGUUCUCAUUUGCUGUGCAGCGCAGCAAGGACAAGGUGUGUGGGAUCUGCAUGGAGGUGAUCUAUGAGAAAGCCAACCCCAACGAGCACCGCUUCGGGAUCCUCUCCAACUGCAACCACACCUUCUGUCUCAAGUGCAUUCGCAAGUGGAGGAGUGCUAAGGAAUUUGAGAGCAGGAUCGUCAAGUCCUGCCCACAAUGCCGAAUCACAUCUAACUUUGUCAUUCCAAGUGAGUACUGGGUGGAGGAGAAAGAAGAGAAGCAGAAACUCAUUCAGAAAUACAAGGAGGCAAUGAGCGACAAGGCAUGCAAGUAUUUUGAUGAAGGACGUGGGAGCUGCCCAUUUGGAGAGAACUGUUUUUACAAGCAUAUGUACCCUGAUGGCCGUAGAGAGGAGCCACAGAGACAGCAAGUGGGAACAUCAAGCAGAAACCCAGGCCAACGAAGGAACCACUUCUGGGAAUUCUUUGAGGAAGGAGCGAACAGCAACCCCUUUGACGAUGAAGAAGAGGCUGUCACCUUUGAGCUGGCUUAAUGUAAGCAGUUAAAAGUAGCCAUGCCGCCCAUCGUCUGGAAUGUGAGGAGCACCUAUGCCCGGCCACCCCGUCUGGGAAGUGAGGAGCGCCUCUGCCCGGCCGCCACCCCGUCUGGGAGGUGAGGAGCAUCUCUGCCCAGCCGCCACCCCAUCUGGGAGGUGAGGAGCGUCUCUGCCUGGCCGCCCCGUCUGGGAAGUGAGGAGCGCCUCUACCUGGCCGCCCCGUCUGGGAAGUGAGGAGCGCCUCUGCCCGGCCACCCCGUCUGGGAAGUGAGGAGUGCCUCUGCCUGGCCGCCCCGUCUGGGAAGUGAGGAGCGCCUCUGCCCGGCCACCCUGUCUGGGAAGUGGGCGCCUCUGCCCGGCCGCCCUGUCUGGGAGGUGAGGGGCGUCUCUGCUCGGCCGCCCCAUCUGGGAGGUGAGGAGCGCCUCUGCCCGGCGGCCCCAUCUGGGAGGUGGGGAGUGCCUCUGCCCGGCCGCCCAUCAUCUGGGAUGUGAGGUGUGCCUCUGCCCGGCUGCCCCGUCUGGGAAGUGAGGAGCACCUAUGCCUGGCUGCCCCGUCUGGGAAGUGAGGAGUGCCUCUGCCCGGCCGCCCCGUCUGGGAAGUGAGGAGCGUGUAUGCCCGGCCGCCCCGUCUGGGAAGUGUACCCAACAGCUCCAAAGAGACAGCGACCAUCGAGAACGGGCCAUGAUGACGAUGGCGGUUUUGUCGAAAAGAAACGGGGGAAAUGUGGGGAAAAGAAAGAGAGAUCAGAUUGUUACUGUGUCUGUGUAGAAAGAAGUUGACAUAGGAGACACCAUUUUGUUCUGUACUAAGAAAAAUUCUUCUGCCUUGGGAUGCUGUUAAUCUAUAACCUUACCCCCAACCCCGUGCUCUCUGAAACAUGUGCUGUGUCAACUCAGGGUUAAAUGGAUUAAGGGCGGUGCAAGAUGUGCUUUGUUAAACAGAUGCUAGAAGGCAGCAUGCUCGUUAAGAGUCAUCAGCACUCCCUAAUCUCAAGUACCCAGGGACACAAACACUGCUGAAGGCCGCAGGGACCUCUGCCUAGGAAAACCAGAGACCUUUGUUCACGUGUUUAUCUGCUGACCUUCUCUCCACUAUUAUCCUAUGACCCUGCCACAUCCCCCUCUCUGAGAAACACCCAAGAAUGAUCAAUAAAUACUAAAAAAUAAAAAUAAAAAUUUAAAAAAUAAAUAAAUAAAUAAAUAAAAAAUAAAGUAGCCAUGCAGCAGCCUAAAUGCUUUGCUGCUUCAGUAUUUCUUCUGCCAGAUACCCUACAUCAUUACUCUCCAGCUCAG